AUGUCGAAACUUCUGAUCGCAGUGAAAACAGGAAAUUUUCAUGAAGUAAAACGGUUAGUUGAUCAUGGUGCUGAUGUGAAAGGUGAAAAUUAUUACGAUGUUAGUCCUCUUCACUCUGCAGCAUCAUCUGGUUCACUGAAGAUUGUCAAAUAUUUAGUUGACCAUGGUGCUGAUGUAAAUUGUGAAAAUCAUCGUGUUGGUAGUCCUCUUCACUCUGCAGCAUCAUCUGGUGCACUGAAGGUUGUCAAAUAUUUAGUUGAACAUGGUGCUAAUGUAAAUUGUGAAUCAUUUAUUAACGUUGGUUGUCCACUUCACUCUGCAGUAUUAUCUGGUUCACCGGAAAUUGUCAAAUAUUUAAUUGAACAUGGUGCUGAGGUAAAUGGUGGAUUCAUUAACGAUGACAACCCUCUUCACUCUGCAGUAUCAUCUGGUUCACUGGAAAUUGUCAAAUAUUUAGUUCAACAUGGCGCUGAUGUAAAUUUUGGAGUCUUUCACGUUGGCAGUCCAGUUCACUCUGCAGUACCAUCUGGUUCACUGGAAAUUGUCAAAUAUUUAGUUGAUCAGGGUGCUGAUGUAAAUUUUGAAUCCUUUUGCGUUGGUCGCCCUCUUCGCUCUGCAGCAUCAUUUGGUUCACUGGAAAUUGUCAAAUAUUUAGUUGAACAUGGUGCUAAUGUAAAUUUUGAAUUUUUUGACGUUGGUAGUUCUCUUCACUAUGCAGCAUCACGUGGUUCACUGGAAAUUGUCAAAUAUUUGAUCGAACAUGGUGCUAAUGUAAAUUUCGAAUCCCUUCUCUUUGGUAGUCCUCUUCACUCUGCAGCAUCAUCUGGCUCACUGGAAGUUGUCAAAUAUUUAGUUGAUCAUGGUGCUAAUGUAAAUUUUGAAUCCUUUAACCUUGGUAGUCCUCUUUACUCUGCAGCAUCAUCUUGUUCACUGGAAAUUGUCAAAUAUUUAGUUGAACAUGGUGCGAAUGUAUAUUGUGAAUCCCCUCACUUUGGUCGUCCUCCUUACUCUGCAGCAUCAGCUGAUUCACUGAAAAUUGUCAAAUAUUUAGUUGAUCAUGGCGCUAAUGUAAAUUUUGAAUCCUCUAUCCGCAGUAGUCCUCUUCACUUGCAGCGUCGUCUGGUUCACUGGAAAUUGUCAAAUAUUUAGUUGAACAUGGUGCUGAUGUAAAUUGUGAAGAGAGUAACGUUGGUAGUCCUCUUCACUCUGCAGUAUCAUCUGGUUCACUGGAAAUUGUCAAAUAUUUAGUUGAACAUGGUGCUAAUGUAAAUUUUGAAUUUUUUCACGUUGGUAGUCCUCUUCACUAUGCAGCAUCACAUGGUUCACUGGAAAUUGUCAAAUAUUUGAUCGAACAUGGUGCUAAUGUAAAUUUUAAAUCCCUUCUCUUUGGUAGUCCUCUUCACUCUGCAGCAUCAUCUGGCUUACUGGAAGUUGUCAAGUAUUUAGCUGAUCAUGGUGCUAAUGUAAAUUUUGAAUCCUUUAACCUUGGUAGUUGUCCUCUUCACUCUGCAGCAUCAUCUGGUUCACUGCAAAUUGUCAAAUAUUUAGUUGAACAUGGUGCUAAUGUAAACUGGGAAAACAGGCCGAAUAAACCUGUGAUUCACAAUGCUGUUAAGUUUGGUUCAUUGGAAACGGUUGAAUAUUUAGUUGAACAUGGUGCUGAACUAAUAAAUGAAGAAAAUCUUGACAUGUCCGCAAUUAUAUAUCUGGCUUGUGAAGGUGGAAAUGCGUCAGUUGUUGACUACCUUCUUCAACAUGGAGCGACUAAAGACAUGAAUAACUGGGAAUUGAAUAUUCCCUUACGUAUAGCAUGCCGGGAAGGUCAUACCACCGUAGUUCGAACAUUAUACUGA